UGAAUUUAGUGAAUUGUUCGGAUGAUCCGUCGUUCAUACUUCAUAGUAGAUCGUUGAUAAAGUACGCUAGCGAUACGCCAAUUCUCGCAUUUAUUGUUAAAAUUUUUAUUAAAACAUCAUAGUUGCAGUGUUAUACUAUUGUGUUUCAAAUUUCAAAUCAUUAUUGUUUAAUAAUGAACGAGUGCAAAGAACCAUUAUUUAAAAAAUUGUAGUGUUUAUAUAAUUUUACAUUAUCACUAGCUUUCACGUUAUUUGGAGUACCCUUUUUUAAAUCGUGAAUACAGUGCAAAACUUUUAUUUUUGUGCUACAUGGUUAUUGUAUUCUGCCAUCGGAGGUGCUUUAUGAUUUUCGGUGAUCAACCGUUGAAUCAAUAUAAAGUGAGCAACGUUUUGUCAAAUGAUUUUGCGUUUUCUAUAUUGAAGUCACUGACAUUGGAUAUACUAAUGGGAACAUACUAAAUAUUUCUAUUGGUUUUAAUUUUUCACAUUUAACCUGCAAGAUGGGGAAGUAUUCUGGAAAGAAAUGUCGAUUAUUAUCGAUGUUAUGGUUGACGGGUAGUUUCUUUAUAGUGGAGCUAGUAGUUGGAUAUGUUACAAACUCCAUGGCACUUGUGGCGGACUCCUUUCACAUGCUCAGUGAUGUUGCCGCCCUGGUCAUAGCGUUUUUAUCUGUAAAGAUGUCACCAAAGAAAUGGUCAAAGAACACAUUCGGUUGGGCGCGGGCGGAGGUCCUGGGUGCUCUAGUGAAUGCCGUGUUCCUAGUGGCGCUAUGCUUCAGUAUUACGGUGGAAGCGGUGCAGAGGUUCAUCAAUAUUGAGAUUAUACACAACGCGAAAUUGCUGGUCGCUGUCGGCACUCUGGGACUGAUCCUGAAUAUUGUGGGGCUGUUUCUGUUUCAUGAGCACGGCAGCAGUCACGGGCACACGCACGGUGGUGUACCGCCACCGUCAAACGUGCGGCACUUGACCGAACUCGUGAAUAGCAACGCCGAUAUGGCACUAGGCCAUGCUGCAACAGAUACUGAGGAAACAGAUGAAAUGGUCCCGCCCAAAGUCGACAAACUGCCAAGCAAGCAAGCGCCCAGACCUGCGGAUCCGGGACACUUGAACAUGAAGGGAGUGUUCUUGCACGUGCUGUCGGAUGCUUUAGGUUCUCUAAUAGUAGUCACAUCAGCGCUAGUAGUAUGGCUCACAGAGUGGGAGUACCGUUUCUACAUAGACCCGGCGCUCAGUAUCGUGCUAGUGAUCCUCAUAUUAGCCUCCGUGUGGCCUCUGUUGAGGGAAUCAGCGCUCAUACUGCUGCAGACUGUGCCGACACAUAUACAGGUGGACGCUAUCCAGAGGCGUCUAUUGGAAAAAGUUGACGGAGUUUUGGCUGUUCAUGAGUUCCAUGUAUGGCAAUUGGCAGGAGACAGAAUUAUUGCCAGCGCACAUAUAAGGUGUAGAAACUUAUCGGAAUACAUGAAGAUAGCUGAAAAGGUGAAGGAAUUCUUCCAUAACGAGGGAAUCCACUCGACCACGAUACAGCCUGAGUUCGUGGAACUGCCUCUGGAUGGGAAUGAGAUGAUAAGUUCGUCAGCGGAAGCCCCGUGCGCGUUGCACUGUCCGCCCAACGACCUGUGCCACAAUGCGACAUGCUGCGGGCCCAACCAGCAGAAGCAAAGCACUCCAUCGCCGUCUGUCACACCGUACAUGUGCAGGCAGAGGAACAUGGGAUCGCGAACGGAGUCUGUGAAUUCUAAUAUUGGCGCGAGUGGGCAAGGCGCUGCGACCACUAGGAAUUUAGACGCUUUGGAGUGCGGCUCGUUACUCCCAUCGCCGAUGGGCGAAGCCCGGCUGACGGUCUGACAGGCGGCCGGCUCCUAACGCACCGCGGGCCUUCAUGCGCCCAUACACAUUAGUUUCACGAACUAUAUCUAACAACUAACGUUGAUACGAAUGCAUUUCAUUGUGUUGUUUAUUCCGGAAUUACGAGUUAUGAGUGUAAGCUGGUGAACGCAGACUAAUAUGACUCUGAUAGCUUAUUCAGCAGUUAAUUUUACGUAUAUUUUCAUAGAAUAAUUGUCAUUUUAGUUGACAGGUAAACUAAACAAAAUGUAUUCAGGUGCUACGAAACCAGCAAAAAAGUGUUUUAUAACUUCUGUUUUCGUUCUGGUUAGUUUAUCUGUCAGUUAAAAUUUCAGAAAUAUAGAAAAUGUUAAAUAAGCUGUAAGGCUUUAUCAGCAAGUAGUGAAACUGGCUAAAAUUGGUAUACCCAAGCAUUUAUUUCGAUGUAUUUCAAAUGUGUUUUGAUGUAAGUGCGUUUAUACCACCGACAUUCUGUCCUAUCGCCUUUAAGUAACAAAAUAAUACGCACAGACUUCGCUACAUUGUUUUCACCAAAUUUGCAUAAGGAAUUUAAUUUGCCACCAAAUAAUAAAAAAUAGUUAUCAAAUACAAUGUGUUCUUAGUGUUAAGCGUUCAAGAAACGCACUCGUAUGUUUAUAUCCAAAGUUGAAGUGAAAAUUAAUAUAGGUAACCGAGAAAUUAAUUUUUAUUAGUAUUAUAACCACAAUCAAUAGGUAGCAAAGAAAAAUUAAAAAGCUUGAAGGCUAGCAGUAAUUUUUUACCGACUUUGCAUUGGCAAAUUAAUUUUAAUUCAAAUUGGUGGGAGAUACGAAAGGUGAGUAUUAUAAAGAUAAUUAAAAUAAGAUAUUCAGGGUUAAUAGUUACUAGAACUAUAUUUAGGUUUGGCAAGUGUCCACUCAUUGAAUACAGUUUUUUUUACACCUUUAAUAAUAAAUAUGUAGUUAUUUAAACUAACACAUAUGCACACAUUUUCUAUAGUAUUACGCAUUGGAAAUGCAAAAGUACAAUUAAAAUACCUACACCAAUAAUAAUUAAUGACGUUUAAAAUCAUAGAUUUUGACAGUUACACUUUUCGCGCCCUUUAUUCGGCACAGAUAAUGCAAAAGCGUCACGUGACACAUUUAAACGAUUUUCCCGCUUCUAUUAUUAUAAUAGCCAAGGUCAUUGACCUGAUAUUUUCCACGUGGAAAUAACGAAAGAUAAUAUAAUCUUAUCUGCAUAUCGAUCUAUUUUUGUGUCAACAUCGGUCUUUCCAUUUCAAUGUUAUUUAUGAUAUAAAAGCCACUUCUUCUGCUAAAAGUAGUUUAAUGUUUAUAUGCAAUCGCCUGACUAUAGAUAUAAUAAUACUAAAUAAUACCGAUUCCUCAGAAAGGGGCUUAAAAUAAAAUUAUAUUAUUAUAUCAAUUAUAUUAUUAUUUCAGGAAUUUUAGUCAAGCGUUCGCGUCAUUCAUCUUAAAUGUUUAAUCAAAUCUUUUUUUUAUAUCUUGAGAUUUAUUUCGAUCAUUGUUAAAAGUAUUUUAUUAUCAAGUAUAUUUUUAUUCUGUAUUUCGUAUACGUUUCGUACGUUUUGUAUUAUUUUUAUCGCCCUUGAAUAUUUUGAGGGGUUAAUGCAAUAUUGCGAUUUACGUAUAAAUGUUAAUCGACUGAUGCAUUAAUAUUGACGACUAUCUUUGGAUAUGAAAUAACAUAGAAUAUAAUAUCACAAAUAUUAUGUGUGAUGCAGAAUAAAAUACAUAGGAACUAAUUAGUUUUUGCUAGAUUUUUACAUGUUAAUUGUAAAGAUUUAAACCAUGAAUAGUUUAAUUUAUUGCUGUUUUUAAUUGUUUAAAAAUUGAAAUAAAGUGCGUUAGAUAGAAUAAUUGUAGCAAAUAGGUCAUUCACACCAAAUAUUGUGUGCAUUUUUAGGAUACUUCGAAUUUAUAAGAACCAUAGUGCAAGCUGUGACAGUAGAAGUUAAUGUGCCACAAAGUUCUUUUAUCAAUUACUUUGUCUAUAGACUUAUUUUCCCCCUUUUUAAUACGAUUUUUUACAAUUUUUUAAAUUAUUUUUUACGAAAAUCCAAUAAAGAUUUUUAUAACUUAAUCGAUAAUUAUUAUUGAUUUUAUAUAAGUAUUUUUUAUCGUCACACCUGGCUCUAAGGUUAUCAUUUCACUUACAAUACUAACAUAGUAAUUAUUGUUUACAAUACUUAAAAAUUGUGAUCGUCAUUUUAAUAUAGGAAAAUAAUUAAGUUUAAAAAAUUUAUCGUAUUGUAUAAUGACACACCUGGAUUCAAAAUAUCGUUUUAUCAAAUGAAAUAGGUUAAAAUCAUUAAUCGUGUGUAAUUGCUAAAUUUAAAGGAAAAAUGUAUCAGUCCGUUAUGAUAGAAAUUAAAUAUAUAAUAAAAAGUAUGAGAAGCGUUUUAGGUUUUAUACUAAAAUUUUAAUACUAUACAAUAUAAAUGCAUAAUUAAUAAUAUAUCUUGUAUAUUACUAGUUAUUACAGGCACAGCCUACGUGAUUAUUUCUGGUGUCUGUUUUUCAAUAUAUUGUUUAAAAACUUACGCUAGAUAGAUCCAAUAAACGUCUCUGAGUGUUGCAGAUAAAGAUAUACAGUUAUUUGAAGCUAGAAAUAUGCAUUUUUUCAUUGUGUUUACCCAAUGUGUACCUAAUUAAUUAUUAUUUCGUUAAAUAUUUGAAUUUUAACAUUCGAAUUUCGAAUUAUCUGUUUUGUUCCUUGUCCAAGUUUUCCACAGGUUAUAAGAUCUUAUUGCAUUUGACAUUUCUAGUAAUUAAAGGUCCGUUAUGAGUAGUUAAUACGAAUGAAGCCAUCGAGCUCUUAAUUCGUUUUUACUAAAUCAUUAAAUAUGCUCUAGUACAAAUAAAGAUAGUAUGCGUUUCUUAUCUCCUUAAACAUAGCUUAUAAAAAUAUAAAACUAGAUAUAUUGAAAAGCAGGCACGCUUAGUUAAAUUUAAUCUAUAAAAGAGCAAGUCUGAAUGCAAAUGUUGUUUAUGGUUUGAUUGUUAGUGCAAUUGUGGAAAUGUAUUUCACGGUUAUUAAAAAUAUAUGAAUUAAA